AUGACACUCAGAACGCUCAUCCUGUACAGUGGCAUCGGGGGCAUGCACUGCGGCCUGCUGCACGCGCGUCACCUUCGACGCUUGCGGCUUCGCGGCAUUGCUCCAUUUCCACCUCUUGCAUCUUCUUCUGGAAAGCAAACUGACGAAGGAACUCUGGAUCCAGAAACGCACACGGGCCGCGAGCCACCGGAAGGCGGGUCGGCACUCAAUGAGGCGUCAGGCAGCCUCUCUGCAUGCGCGGUUGAGCUGAAUGAGGCAGGCGCGAAGAAGGCGGACGCAAGAAGUGCACAAGUCAGUGAGACGCGCUACGGGAAGGAUGAAGCUGGAAUUCCUCCAGUCGCGAAUGUGGCGGCAGAAGAGGGGGCGGCGCCUUUGGCGCCUGAAGACGAAGAUGACGCGAGACUCAUCGAGGCGUUGCAGGGUGUGUCUUCAGAUGGUGAUGACGUGUGCAUCCACCCCAUCAUCAGCGCCCACAUCCGUCUACCUCCCAUCGAGGCUUUUGGGCUUCCGUAUCCCGUUGUUCCUUGUCGCUUCUCGUCUUCUCCCUCGUCUUGCGCGUCUUCAUCCGCGCUAGAGCCCUCGCAGCCGCAGUCUGUCGGAGCGGUUGUGUCCCCAUGCGCCGCUGCAGGAGCGGAGGAAGACAAAUGCGGAGAGAGAGGGGAGGGUGAGACGGGCGACGCAGGAAGUUCUGCGCCGACGAGCGUCAGCCUGUACAGCGCAGACACACCGGAGGAGCGGCCUGUUGACGAUGAGAGCGACCAGGAUCAGAGAAGGGACAAUGACGAAGAGGCGGCCUCAGUGGAGGGUGCGGAGGGCAGGAGCUCGGCGACAGGCGAAGGAAAAACCGAUACGGAGGAACUCUCAAGAGACACAGGAGCCACACAGAGCACCACGGCGCCGUCGCCGUCCGGGGAGCUCAGCGCGUCUCGCGAGCCUUCUUCGCCAUCCUCAAGUCCUGCGGCAGUUGGGUCCUCUUCGGCAGAUGGAGGGAAGGCGGCGGACAGCGACCCGGCCGCCGUUCCUGCCGACUCCCCACCGCAGGCCACCCCCGCGCCGCUGGCGAAGCCCUCGGAACUCGAUGCAGAUGCUGUGGCGUCUCUUCGCCCUCCGUCCUCUUCGUCGUUAUGGUGUGCCCCCUGCCCGAGGCUUCCAGUCGAAGUUGUUGGGGCGAUCGACGUCAAUCCGACGGCGAUGGAGGUCUACUGCAGGAAUUUUUUGCCCGCCGCGCUGUCGCCUCCCGCCUCAGCCGGUCCGUCUCGCCAUUCGCGUCACGCCGCGUUGCCCGCCGCUGCGUCCAGGCGCACUCUCGUGUCGACAAAGUCGAUUGACGCGUAUCCAGCAUCGUUCUACGGCGACUUCAAAGCAGAUCUCUGGCUUGUCUCGCCGCCUUGUCAGCCCUUCACGCGAGCGGGGCUGCAGAAAGGAAACGCAGAUCGGCGCAACUCGUCGUUUCUGUACCUCCUGGAUGUCCUCUGCCGCCUGCCGCGCGCCGCGAGGCCCAAGUACCUCCUGCUGGAAAACGUCGUCCGCUUCGAAGUAAGCGACACGUUCGAGUGUCUGCUGCAUGCGCUCGAGUGCGUCUGCGGGUACAGCCUCACCGUCUUCCACCUCAAUCCUCUGCACUUUGGCAUUCCCAACUGCCGCUCGCGGUGCUUCGUCGCGGCGCGUAAAGGCGCCGGGCCCGCGCGCCUCGCCUCGAAAUUUCCUCUUUCUCAGCUCGCGCUCGCCUGGGCAGGGCGGCCGACCGAGAAGCGUGCGCUGGCGAGCGCGACCGCGACUGGCGGCAGAGACGGCAAGAGACAGUCAAAGAGUGGGUUGCGCGUUGCAGAAGCAGAGAGCGACUCAGAGCGUGCCGCUGCAAAGGCGAAGCGCGAGUGCGCAAGCCCCAGGAGCCGAGUCAGCCGCGCGCCCCAGACGGCGACGGGAAACAGCGUGUGGAAGCUCCUGCGGCCGAAGCGACGGAAGAAGGCUGAGGAGACCACCGGCGAGACGGAGGCGACGGGAGAAGGCGCUGAGGAGGGACAGCCUGAACCUCUAGUCGUCCGCGACGCGAGGACUCCAGCGAUGGAGGGUGGAGGGGGCGGCGAAGGGCCUCAGAGCAAUUCGCGGGUCUCCUCGGCAGCUCCGGCGACCGCUGGAGACGGAGGGAGGGAGAGGCGCGAGCACGAGAGGGGCGCGUCGGCACCGAAAGACGUAGAUAAUAUGGAUUCUACAGCGGGACCGAGCUGCUUGGACUGUGACACGUGUGAAAGAUGUGUGCGCCGAAGAAGGAAGGAGAACGCGGGGAAGCUGAAGCGAGUCGUCCUGAACCACAUCCCCGGCGUCUACUCGACCUCGGCGUUCUUCUGCUGUCCCAUUCGUCCUUUGGAAGACUUCCUGGACGUGCGCUUUCCACCUAAGGCUCCGUAUUUCCCGCUGGAGACGCCGCCUGCUAGCCGUCCCGCCCCCCCCGCAAAACACACCUCGGAGACUGCGAGGCGCAGCGUGGCGGGCGAGAGCGAAGGCGCCGACAGCCGAGGGGUCAGCGGCGAAGACGACUGGGAGGAAAUAUCCCUGGCGCGCGAGGCAAGCAUGCCGCGCCGCCCAUAUGUGCCCAGCCACCCGGGCGUCCACAGACCCGGAUGUGUGGAUACGGCGAACGGCGUGCGCUUCUCGGCCGAAGCCGACCGACGGUGGCGGCGCCAGGUCGCGGCGCUGGUCCUGUCUCAGCAGCAGAAAGACCGCAUUUGGUUCAACGUGGAUCUCGUCCGUCGGGACGACAAGCGCAGCAGCUGCUUCACGCGGUCAUAUGGCCGAACGGGGCACGCGCAGUACGGCAGUCUGCUGGUCAUCGACGAUGACAUCGCGCUGGAGCGACGGUGGGCGGCGUUUGCAGAAAAGGAGAGAGACGCGUGCAGGGGCCGAAAGGUCCCGCAGCUCUGCGCGGGCGAGACGGCGCCUGCAGCCACCCGAGGGGAGGAGAACGGAAGCGGAGAGGAGGAGACUGGACGUUGCGGUCUUCAGCGAGACGUGCGAGGGAAGCAGAGCCCGGGCGCGCCGAGGCUGCUCACGAGGUUCCUCUUCAAGGAAGCCAAGCAGUCUGGCGCCGACCGAGGGACGGCGCCUCAAGGCGAGGACAGCCAAGAGGCAGGGGAGGACGCAGAGUCCAAGCCCGCGGGCUCCAGCCGCCGUGAGGGCGCGGCAGAGGAAGGCGACCGACCCGCGCCUGCGGCGAAGGACGUGGAGACUGCCGGGCGAUCCGAGGACGCGGGGCGCCUGCGGAAAGCCAAGAAGGGCAGCGAGGCCGCAUGCGAAGGCACCUCCAGCUUGCGCAAAAACGACGCGCUGUCGCCGCCGAAACUCGGCGUGUUAGACCGCGGGAGCGAACGAUGCAGCGGGCCCCUGGCGAAGCGGAAAAGCAAAGGCGCGCUCUCCUGGUUCGGACACACAGCGUCUCUCCUUCUGCCUUCCUUGCCUCCGUCCUCCCUCUCGUCUCCGGCGGCAGCCGCGCUGAAAAAGACGCUCAACAAGGGCUGGGAGCUCCACGACAUCCUGCCGUCUGACACAGCGGUUCGCUUCUUCAGUCCGCAGGAAAUGCUGGCGCUGCACGGCUUCCCCCAGAGCUUCGCCUUCCCAGAGGCCGACGAGCCUCGCGCCUGGUCCGCUCAGCGCAGAAUGGUCGGCAACAGCCUCAACGUCUUCCUCGUCGGCAUGCUCAUCGACUUCCUCGUCGACGAUGCAGACUGGCAGUGA